UUAGUUGCCUUGCCACUUCAUCCACGGCGCUCGCACCUCCACCUCCUCCUCUUCACGUCCAUCCUCUUCACUUUUGCCUUUUUUUGGCCUCUAUUUCGUGAGAAAAACAACAAAAUGGACGUUUUGGAGACUACAUUCAACCCUCCACUGAGAAAAGAUAAGGAAAUGGGUGAAGGUGGUGUCUCUGCAGAGGCUGGGCGCGACGGAGGCAAGUCAAUCUCGCGGUUGAGGAAGCUUUGGGCCGCCACCACUUAUGAGCCGCUGUUCCUGCUGCAUUCCAUUGCUUACUACGCCACUCUUACAAUGACAGAGUCCCUGAUAUCGGAGAAGAGCUGCCUGGUGACCCUCGGCAAACCGGAAGAAAUCUGCAAAGACCUUUACAAACACCCACACGAUGCAAUUGAGGUACAGCAGGUUGCGUCAAAGUACAUGGGAAUUGCUGCAUUCUCGCAGAGCUUUGUCUCCAUAUUUCUACUACUUUACAUCGGCCCCCUCUCCGACAGGUACGGUCGCAAGCCCUUCCUGUACCUGAGUCUGGUGAUGAAAACACUGAGCGUUGUUAUAUUUUUCUUCGCCUCUGCGUUCAUUUACUCUCCUAUCGAGCUCACUGUGGUGGCGCCGUUCGCGUACUCCCUCGGGGGGGGGAUCGGCACUUUCCUGAUGCUGGUCUUCGCCUGCAUCUCCGACGUCACGACGGAGGCCGACCGGACCUACAGGCUGGGCAUCCUCAAGAUCUGCAUGGCCUUCGGGACGCCCGCUGGCAGGGUGGUCGGCGGCCAGGUGUUCGCUACGGGGGGCUACCUGGCGGUCUACGGGCUGGGUUUCGCACUCCUGGCCAUCUGCUUCCUCAUGCUCGCCUUCACUGCGGAAUCCGUGAAGUUCGGUGAUAAUGAGGUGAGGCCCAAGCUCGGAAUCUCGUUGUUGGUGGAAGAGCCUGCAAAGCUCUUCACGGCCGUCCACCGAAAAGAAGGGCCGCGAAGGGGCAUCGUCUACGGGGUUCUCGUCUCCCAUAUCUGCAUGUUCUUCGCCCUGAAUCCUCUGUACUUUCUAUUCUUCAAGUUAAUGUUUAAUUGGGACGCAACAGACUAUUCUAAUUGGUUUUUCUACAAGGACAUGGUUAGAGCCAUAGCGCUGGUGCUGCUGAUGCCCGUCUUCGUGGGCCGCCUGCGCCUCCCCGACACCGCCCUCGGGCUGCUGGGCUUCAGCUCCGUCGCCUUCAUGCAGAUCGCCCUCGGCCAGAUCGUCAGCGCCUCCAUGACGUGGGUCGCUUUCCUCGCUCCAGUGCUUGGGAUGCUGGACAUGUUCGCACAGUUGGCCUCACGUUCCAUUAUAUCCAAGUGUUCAGAUGGAAGCAGAGAACUCGGAAAGCUUUUCGCGGCACAGGCAGUCCUAGACUCCAUCGCCGUGGGUCUUUCAGGGCCAAUGUACGCAUCGGUGUACAGUUCCACAGUGGACAGCCUCCCCAUGGCGCAGUUCCUCCUGGCCGCCCUGUUCAUGCUCCUGUCCGUCGUCGGAAUCUGGGUGUGUGAUAUCUUCGUCUUAAGGAAGGAAUCUGGAGCCAAAAGUGAAGAUAUUUAAGAAUAAGAAAAAAAUUGGAAAGGAAUAUUAAAUGGAAGUCAAAAAUGUCAUUACUUGAGGAUGUUGUUGAUGAUGUCACGAUUAUUGUAAUGAUGAUUAAUUCAAUUAUCUCCGUAUUUUAUCGUGUUUCUUCAAUAAUGUAGAUAUGAUUUUCACCCGUCUGCUUUUUAGAUUAGUUAUAUAUAUCAUCAAUGUUUUAUAGUAAUCAUAGUUUUCAGUAUCAUUAUUACUGAUACUAUCACAACCAUCAUCAUUAGUAUUAUCAUGGAUAUUAUAAUUGUCAUUGUCAUUAUUGUUGUUCUGAGAUUUUUUGCUAUUAUCACCACCAUCAUUAUUAUUACCAGUAUCAUCAUUAUUAUUGUCAAUAUCAUUAUAAUUAUUAUCAUCAUUAUAUUCAGCAUUCUCGUCGCCACCAAUAUUUGUAAUCGUGUUCGUAUCAUUAUCAUUCAUAUCAUUAUCAUUAUUAUAACCAUCACAAUUUUUAUUAUUACACCUAUUGUCAUAAUCACUAUCAUCAUUUUUAUUUAACUUCUAAUGUAAUCAUUAUCAUUCAUAUUAUGGUUAUUGGAUGGUGUUCAGAUACUGUUAUCAUUAUUAUCUCUGUAUCAUCAUUGCCUAUUAAAAGUAUUAUCAUGAAGAUUUUGAUAUAAGUACCAACACAGUAGUUAUCAUUAUAGAAAACAUGUGACGGUCACGUUUUCUAUCUCGUCGUUGCUGCGCGUGGCACC